AUGAGGGAACGAGGACUCUGCUUGCUGCUUGCAGCUACCAGCAUCAACUUAGCUUUUAUUUACUCCAAAGGCCAUGGGCUUUCCCCACUCCUCUGCGAUAAUCCUCAGAGUCAGACCCUUCAGAUAAUUGACUGUGUGUCUAUUUUCCUGAAUGGUUUUGCUGGAUGCAUGGAUGGUUUAACUGUCUGCUCAUGCCCAUCCUUGCCACCUCUUAAUGCGGAGCCUCAGCUGCGCCCGUCCAAGGCAAUGUCCAUGAUGAAAAAUGUCAACUACAAAGCAAGAAAUGAUGAUCGUGAGCCUUCAAGAUGGUCAUCCUCGCAUUGUGAUUGCUGCUGCAAGAAUGGCAAGGGUGACAAAGAAGGGGAGAGUGGCACAUCCUGUAAUGACCUCUCCACUUCCAGCUGCGACAGCCAGUCGGAAGCCAGCUCUCCCCAGGAGACGGUCAUCUGUGGGCCUGUGACACGCCAGACCAACAUCCAGACUCUGGACCGUCCCAUCAAGAAGGGCCCAGUCCAGCUGAUCCAACAGUCAGAGAUGCGGCGGAAAAGUGACCUGCUCAGGACUCUGACUUCAGGCUCUAGGGAGUCGAACAUGAGCAGCAAAAAAAAAGCUGUUAAGGAAAAGCUCUCAAUUGAGGAAGAGCUGGAGAAAUGCAUCCAGGAUUUCCUAAAGAUCAAAAUUCCAGAUCGGUUCCCUGAGAGAAAACACCCUUGGCAAUCUGAACUUUUACGGAAGUAUCAUCUAUAGGGCAGGGCUAGGGGGUGGGAGAAGGAAAAAAAAAGUCACCAUUUUGAAAUAAACCUUCUAAAAGAAAUUCGUAUUUUAAAGAAAAACUAAC